AUGUUCACCGGUCCUCGUCAGUAUCUUUCCAUCCACCUCCCAAGCCCGACAACGGUCAGCUUCACCGUGUCGACGAGAGAGCCGGUCCAGCAGCCCGCAUCAUUGAUAAAUCGGCCCUCGUCUUCGCACCUCUUACAUCUCCGACGUGUCCCUGUCUUUUCUCUUCUGAAGCACGCGCUACGGAUCCUGCUCGUCCUGCUCGUCCUGCUGGUCAACCUCACGAAAGCCCGGAUCGAGGCACCACGGCCAUCCUCAGGCCUCGACGCGUAUGCAGACUUGGGACUCAAGCUCAGUCUGGUCGGCGGGACGAUCGGGGCCAUCGCCGACCGCGCAGAGUGGUGGGUCCUGGCGCCGGUGAGCUUGAUCGUCGUGUACGCGUGCUUGAGGCGCGACUAUGUCGAAGAAUCCCUCUUGGUCCUCCAAGGUCUCGGGAUCCAGACAUCCACUUCGUCGCGCUACUUUUUCACCGGCCCAACCACGACAUUCAUCCCGACGACGCAGAUCCAGGACAUCGUCAUCCAUGAAGCCUUCAAGGGGCUCGAAGUCCGUUUUUACUUGGCCGUCAUAGUCGAGGGGGCUACGGAGGUGGUGGUCGUCUUCCCUGUAAGCAGUUCAACCUCUUCUAUUGAUUGGUACCGUGUCAAUGGAAUAAGGACAGAAGCUGAUCGUGUUUUCCAUCCUGCGUUCAAUCUGUAG